AUGUAUUUUUUCGAACAGUUAACAACAGUUAAUAAGACCCCGCAGCUACACAUGUUCCUGCUGUUGUGUCAAAUUAUUGACAUAAUUCAAGCUAACGACGUGAGCUUUUAUUUCUCGCUGCACGAGAACAGCGCCAUCGAAGAUGCCCAAUUUAUUUCGAAUUUUUAUUCCGAAGAUGUCAUAUUAUGUGCCCAAGCAUGCUCAAGAGAAGUGAAGUGUUUUACUGCAAACUACAAGGUGGAACAAAAAAAGUGCGAACUCUCCAACGAAAGAGUAGAAAUUUCACAAGCAGCCGUGAUUGCUUUAAGGGGAUGUUAUCUCAUAGAAAAGGUAAGAAAUAUUUGCUAUGUUUGAUUCAGUUACGAGCUGACAUCGGAUUGAAAACAAAACUACAUGCAGCGCUUCAAAUGUAGCGAUUUUUUCAACUAAUUAAUCAGAAACAGGAGAGAGACGUUUCUAUAAUGAAUUAGCUUAAAUCACGGCGAGAUGUUACUGAUGGUAGUUCUUGAGCACAGGGCCUUCUGAUUGUCUCGGGAAAUUGGAAAAAAAUGAAUGAUAUUUUUUUCAAGGAGUGGAAAAGUUACCAUAUUCAUUUUAUAUACUUUUAAGUACUUAAGACGGAAUUCAUCGGGAAAUAGAGUAAUUUCAAUUUUCAGUGGACAAAAACGGGUUAAUAAUCCCACUCACAUUUAUCUCAGCGAUCUCAGAGUGUAUUGCAAAGUAGAAGUGUAUUUCAGAGUAACCUGAAGUAGAAUGGAGGAGUAUUAUAAUCGCAGAAAAAAUCAGUGGAUUAUGCCAAGACUGCCAACGUUGAAUUUGUUCUUGCCCGACGGUUUUAUUCCAUGGUUGAUUAAUUUACAGCUAUUUGCAAAUAUUUAAGUUGAUCAAGUGCAAGUGACUGUCAGGGGAGUGUGCAGAUUGGUACUUGGACAAUGACAUGAUCGUUUUGCUUGCAUAGACAAUAGAGCAUGUCCCAGCAACAAAACAACUCAUGUUUUGAUAAAUGAGCAUGCGCUGAACCGUAAAACUGUCCUUUUAAACAAUAUCGCAUUCUUUUUUACAUUUUUCAAGGACUAAAAAUGCAAUAGUCAUCUGUAAUUAUAACACCAAAGAAAAUUUCUUAUGGGAGCCCGAGAAAACGAAUGUCAAAUUUCAGAAAAUUAUAUCUUACUUAUGAAAUUUUCAGAACUUUACCUGUGUUUCACAAUUCUUGUGAAAUUUGACAUUCAUUUUCUCGGACUCCAUGAGGAAUAUUCUUUGGUGUUAUUACAGAUGACUAAUUACUUUGAGCAUUAAAAUUACUCAAUUUCCUAGUGGAUUUCAUCUUAAAACCAACAAAUAAACGAAUAAGCUUCAACCUAUGCAGCGAAAUCCAGAAAAUUAUAAUUUACUGAUUAUAAACCAGAAGGAGAAAAUUAAAAAUUAAAUUCGAUCACAAUAAUAGUAAUAGUCUUGGAAAAGAAUUCUUCACCAACUUCGAAUAACAGAAAAGUCUUGAUAGCGUAGCACUCGCGCGCGCGAAGCGCGCGCAGCGAAGCACCAUGGGUACGAAAAUUUGGUUAUCUAUGCACCACAGGCGUCUCAGACGUAGUGUGUGUCAAAAACAGGGACAAAAUGGGGUGAGAAGUCAAAAUAUAACAAAACGAAGUAAACAUACCUUUAACUGAACGUCUCCUUGUCUUUCCUGGCUGGUUAAAGUGGCAUUUUGUAAUUCUUCUUUAGUGGAUAGUGCCUACGAGUGCAAAACUCAAAAACUGCCGCUUUAACCGGCCAGGAAAGACAAGGAGACGUUUAGUUAAAGGUAUGUUAGCUUUCUUUUGAUAUAUUUUGACUUUUGGACUAUUUUAGUUCUUGGGAGAUUCGACGACUCAUCUCAUUUUGUCCAUGUUAUUGGGACAUGCUACGUCUGGGUCGCCUGUGUAUGCACCUGCGCGUUUCGCGGGUUAAUCGCAUGGCCACUCGGACUUUAAGAGGGAAAGUAAACAACAACAAGGCCGAGUCUUUCUUUCGACUAAAUCUGAGUGUCUACAUUGACCUGGAUAACAGAGAAAGAGCUAAAGAGAGAGAUAAGAAACAAAGGAGGUCAUUCAGUCGUUGGAAGAAAAACAUAAAAAUUUUAUACCGGGGGUGAGAAAAUGAGAAAUGCUAGCGGCCAGAAAGGCGAAAAUGAGCGACAAUGUUAAAAAAGCGAACAGAAACGCAUACGGGAUUUCCAACACAAAUCCUGUGGGUGGGAAAUUUCUGGAAGUUCUGCGACACUUUCCUCACAUCGACGAAAAACCAAACUGUAUACAAUCCAGUUUUGAAAAAAAGAAAAAGAAACUUGACAGCAGUUAUAUUUCAUUUUGUGGUGGCAGUACAAGAACACAACCGUAGGGUACAGUUACGCACUUACGCUUUACCAAACCAAUUUCAGAAGCGAUUGAAUUCCUCGUUUUCAAUUGACCAGGAAAUGAUUUUUGCUAAAAUAUGAAAAACAAGGCGUUAUACCGUAUUGCGAUUAAUGCCCCCAUUAAAAGGCACAGCUCCUAACUUACACACCAUCCAGUUCAUCUUGACUGAGCAUGCGCUCUUUUCAUUUUAUUUGUUAUGAUAUCUUUUCUUUCUCUCUCUUUACAGCAAGGCCAUAUCGCAAAGACCUCAAGUAAGUUGCAUUUUCUUUGAUGAAAAUAAAAGUGAUAAAUAUAUUAUAAAGUGUUAUAUAUUUACUAGCUAACCAAAAAAAAAAUUAUACUGUUCUUUGAGGACCGUCAAUUAUAAGUAGAUUUCGAAAAGGUCGUAGAUAUCAUAUAGUAGCUGUUCGUUUUUUCCCUUGUUCUCACCCGGCCAAAAGGGAUCCAAGGCUUAAGGGAGUUUAUUCCUGAAAAAACAAACACACAAGCAAAAUAAACAAACAAACUAAUUCUCAUAAAGGGCGUCUAUUAGACAGCCGGCGUUUAUUAGAGAGGGGUGAAUAAUCCAAUUUUUACAUUGAGGGCCGGGACGCUUAUUAGAUAAGAGUCAUUUAUAGGGAAAUGGGAGCUUAUAAGGACAUUUAUUGUAUUCAUACUGUUUCAUAUGUAAACUAUUAAUCAGCUUCUCAAAUGGGACUCAGACGGUAACAAAAAAACUUUCAUUUCAAAAUUAUCUUAGCUCUAAAAGGGUCAAAAACUAGUCAAACUAGAUACCAUUUGUAAAAACAGUCGGUUUACACGGUAUGCGUAUAGAAGCGUCAAGCUAAUGAGUUUUGCUGCCUUCCAUUUUUCUAGCUUUUUUAAAAUGGCUUGAUUUUACACCUCAGUGGUGUACUAACUCUGGACGAGAUUGCUUUGGUGACGAGAAAUUCACGGCGGAACAGUGUAAAGAGAAAUGUAAAGACGGAUGCCUUGGUGUGGAGUGGUGGGAAAAAUCGCGCAAAUGUUAUGAGUGUACUGAUCCCUCCAAAAAGACCCCGUAUACGUUUACUAAUGAUCCUGGUUAUCCCCCUCACGUGUUCCUUAAGAGCGACAAUUGA